GAACCUUGUUCUGUCUUUCAUCAGAGACACGAAAAGAAGAAAACAACACUAGAACAAAGAGAGAGUUUUGAUUGAAAAAUAAAAAGAAGAGAAAACACAGCUUUGGAAAAUGGAGUCGCAGAUGACACGUCCUUAUGGUCAUGAUCAAGCAGAGGAUCCAAUCAGAAUUCACCAUCCAGAGGAAGAAGAGCAUCAUGAGAAAGGAGCAUCUAAAGUGUUGAAGAAAGUAAAGGAAAAAGCAAAGAAGAUCAAGAACAGUCUCACUAAACAUGGUAAUGGUCAUGAUCACGAUGUGGACGAAGCAGAAUAUGAUGAGUAUGAGGAGCAAGAUCCAGAAGUUCACGGCGCACCAGUGUAUGAAUCAUCUGCGGUGAGAGGUGGUGUAACCGGUAAACCUGAGUCUUUAAGCCACACCGGAGAAACUAAUGUUCCGGCAACGGACGAGAUCGUACCUCCGGGGACAAAGGUUUUUCCUGUCGUGUCUUCCGAGCAAACCAAACCCAUUGAACCUGUAUCAUUCCAAGAUACCGCUUACGGGCAUGAAGCACUCACUGAUCCUGUAAGACCGAUGGAUACGUCGGAUUGGGAAGAGAGAAGAGAGGCACCAACUCAUUACCCUCUAGGAGUGUCCGACAGAGAAGAGAGCAGAGAAUCUCAUUACGAGUCAUUGGACACUCCAGUUUCUCUGCUUUCUGCAACAGAGGAUGUGACGAGGACAUUUUCUCCUGGUGGUGAUGAUGAUUACCUCGGUGGUCAACGUAAAGUAAACAUCGAGACUCCGAAACGAUUGGAGGAAGAUCCUGCUGGUCCAGGAGGAGGGUCGGAUUAUCUCAGUGGUGUAUCUAAUUAUCAGUCCAAAGUCACAGAUCCGACAAAAGAAGGUGGAGUAGCUGGAAUACCAGAGAUUGCUGAGUCUCUUGGUAGGAUGAAAGUGACAGAUGAGUCUCCUGGUCAGACAACAGGACAAAGAGACUUGAGAAGCCAAGAAUUUGGUCUGAAGAAUGAAUCUGGAAUCGGCAAGGAUUCGCCGGCGAGAUUUGGAGGAGAAUCAGGAGGACUGGAGGAAAGUUUUCCGACGAGAAGUGAUGAUGUGAAAGUAGGGUUAGGAAGAGACUUGCCGACGGGAACUCAUGAUCAGUUCUCACCGGAACUUUCUCGCCCUAAAGAGAGAGGUGACUCUGAGGAGACGAGAGAAGAGGCUACACAUGAGACAAAACCAAGCACUUAUACAGAGCAGUUUGCUUCAGCUACUUCAGCCAUAACAAACAAAGCUAUAGCGGCGAAGAACGCCCUGGCCUCAAAGCUAGGUUACUCGGGAGAAAGCGGCGGCGGGGUGCAAUACGAUAGCACCGUAAAAGAUGAAACUCCGAGGUCCGCUACGGGUUACGGGCAGACAGUGGCGGGAACUGUUGCUGAGAAGUUAACUCCGGUCUAUGAAAAGGUCAAAGAAACAGGAUCAACCGUGAUGACGAAGCUGCCCCUCUCUGGAGGUGGAAGUGGAGUGAAGGAGACGCAACAAGGAGAAGAGAAAGGUGUGACGUCGGCUAGAGAUUACUUGUCGGAGAAGCUCAAACCUGGAGAAGAAGACAAAGCUUUAUCGGAGGUGAUAGCUGAGAAACUUCAUUUUGGGGGAGGAGGAGAGAAGAAGAAGACAACGGCGACAAAGGAGGUGGAAGUGACGGUGGAGAAGAUCCCUAUCCCUACGGAGAAGAUAUUGGAGGAUAAAGAACACCGUGAGGCGGUUGCAGAGGAAGGGAAAGGAGGAGGAGGUGUAGGAAUGGUGGGGAAAGUUAAAGGAGCGGUCACUUCUUGGCUCGGUGGUACAAAGGAGGAGGUGAAGCCGAAAUCGCCUCAUUCGGUUGAAGAGUCUCCACAAUCACUUGGCACCACCGUUGGGACUAUGGGGUUCUCGGAUUCCAGUGGAAGUGACUUAGGCGGUGUUGGUGGAGCUAGGGGAGUUCAACCUAGUUCUGGCAACUGAAGAUUUGGGGUUUUGCUUUUGAAUGUUUUGUUUAUGUGUGUUUCUGUUUGUUCCCUCUUUGUCUUUUGACUUUGAUGUAUUUUGAUCUUUGUAUGAAAAAGAGGAUUGGGUUAAUAAAAUAUAUUUGCUUUGGAUUAAGAAGCUCUA